GAAUUCCAAACUCACAUUUUUCAUUCUUCUUUUAAUCUUUUUUCCUCUUUACUCUCUCACACUCUGGUUUUAUUUCAUGGCAUCAAUGGCCAAACUUCUUCUGCCAUUUGUGCUCUGCAACUUCUUCUUUACCUCCGCUGUGAUCGAAGCAUUUACGGCGUCGGGAUGGAAUCAAGCUCACGCCACCUUCUAUGGCGGCAGUGAUGCUUCAGGGACAAUGGGUAAGGUUCCCUGCGCGAAGAGUGGAGGUGUGAGAUUCACAGUGAAUGGCAGAGACUACUUCGAGCUAGUUUUGAUAAGCAACGUGGGAGGAGCUGGGUCCCUCCAAUCGGUGUCCAUCAAGGGCUCAAAAACCAACUGGAUGCCAAUGUCAAGGAAUUGGGGGGCCAAUUGGCAGUCCAAUUCUUACCUAAAUGGCCAAUCUUUGUCCUUCAAGCUCACCACCAGCGAUGGGCAGACCCAAGUUUUCAGCAACGUGGUGCCCUCUGGCUGGAGAUUUGGCCAAACUUUUGCAACCAAUGUCCAAUUCCGCUGAGCCCAUCGGAGUGGCUGAGGCGAGCCAAGUGGGGUUUUUUAAUGACCUACGGAAGCAGCCCGCCAUGGCGUUGUAUUUGUAUUGUUCACUCAUGGGACUUUCAAUUUUCAGCCGAUCUUUAAUUACUCAUAUGAUAUAAAAGUGGUUUUUUUUUUCUUUUUUCCUUUUUGAAACUCAAUUUGUAAUAUUAGUUUUACAACAAAUAUUUAUAAUAUAUAUUCGACAAGUUUGCUUUGUGUUU